ACUUGUAGCAUAAUUUAUUCAGUCGCUCAAUUGAUGUUGUAUCCAUUGCUUCUUCAUGGGAGACAAGAUGGCUACCAUCGUCUGUUGGUCAUGAUGUUGGGUUGUGUGUGAGAAACAGUAAGGAUUUCAGCUCGUUCCAGCAACAACCAUGUUAAAAAUGCACUGUCCACUUGGGGUGGACACCACUUUCAGGCUUGCCCAUGACAUUAGUCCCGAUAUUCUUGGUGAUGAUGAUGACGAAGAUGACUACAAGAUCAAGGAGUUUAUCACUGAAACCUACAGCUGCUGGUAUUCCAAGGAAAGUGUUCCCGAGGAUUCCGUCAUCAAGGACCGGGGCAGUGAGAAGGACAGCAUUGCUGAGAGGAAUGCUAAAAACCUGUAUCUCAAGGACCAGGCGCCGAGCUACACGGAUGUUGUGUGUAGUAAGAUCGAGGAUUAUGAGGCAGACGUCAAGUCCGAGAAGCAGACGGCGAAGUGUGCUCAAAACGAGGACUACUCAGACAUCAGCGACCUCGACUCAAACAGGUCCUCACCAGAUCAAGUGAUAUCCUGUACAAAGCAAUCUAGUAAACCUGGUUGCCAAGCAACAUACAGUGCCAAAAUUCAUGAAAGUGGUGGUAACCAUGCUCGGAGACCGAGAAAACUUCCUGACAUUCCCAUAAAUCAUGAAGUUAGCGUGGCGCGGCCCAGCAUGGUGGUGAACACGAAGUCUCUGUUUGAGGAGCUGCAGGAGGCGCGGGACCGACAGGUGGAGGAGGGGGGCGGGGCUGACGACGUGUUCCUCACCAACUCGCUCGGCACAUACACCGGCAUCCGCAAACGCACCACCGACAUCCUGGAGCGCAGCAUCAACUUCCAUUCAGUCCCGCGCAACAGCACGACCUUCACCAACUGUGACAACCCGUUCAUCACGGAGGAUUCGUCAACACGCAGACACAGUUCGCGGCACUCGUCAUCAGGCUCUGAUGGAUGUGGUUCCAAGAAAUCAUCUACCUCCAGUUUAUGCUAUGUGGCAUCAUCACUGCGUACAGAGAUGAAUGUCACACACCGCGGCAUGCACCACUUCAUACCACGGCAUCCUGAUGAAAUGAUCAUAGAGAUCGGUGAUCCAAUCCACGUGAUCACAGAACAUGAUGACUUGUGGUGUGAAGGUGUGAAUCUUAAAACCGGUCAGAAAGGAAUCUUCCCUGCAAUGUAUGCCAUAGAUCUUCACUUCUUAGAAGAAGAAUCUGAUGAAGAAGAUUGUCAAAAGUUCAAUAUCAAGUUCAUGGGUUCUGUUGAAGUGAACAGUCACAAGGGUGAUGAUGUUCUAUGUCAGGCCAUUAAUAAGGUUGCAUUGACUCGUCGCACCACAAUCAACGAUCUUCCGCCACCAAUGUGUACCAUAGAGGUCAGUCAGUACGGGAUCCGCAUGGUCGAACACAGCAAGGAUGGGUAUGCAUGUGACGCCCCCUCUCACUUCUUCGCACUGAAGCAUAUUUCAUACUGUGGAACCCACCCCAGGAAUGACAAAUAUUUUGCAUUCAUAACAAAACACCCCAAAGACUACCGAUUUGCCUGCCAUGUGUUUCUGGGUGAGCGAACGACACGUGCAGUCAAUGAUGCCCUCAGAGUGUCAUUCAAGCGGUUCUACCAGGAGUACAUGGCCUUCACUCACCCCACGGAAGACAUCUACAUAGAAUGACUGGCAGUCAGGCGGUGGAUUCUGCAGGAACACUCUCAAACGAAAACUAAUAACUGUUGUAACAUUGUAUUGUCAUCAACACUUGACAACUAACAGAUUUCCUACAGAAAACCAUAGUAUCAGGCAUCUGUCCGUCUUUUACAGAUGAUUCACUUCCUGUCAUGAAGAAGAGUGACAGAUAAAAACCCAUGAUAUCCAAGAUAGAUUCUAUGGUGACAUUAAUGUAUUAUACUAUCGGCUCAAAGAUGACAUGACACAACAGACUACAACGUGACAGUAUACCAUGUCGUCGUGCAGACUAGAACAUGUCAGUUAACUAUGGCUUUGUCUGAACUAUGACAUCAUUGCCAUCUGCUACAACUAUAGUAACAAACUUACACACACAGUGCUCUUGUUUACUUGCAGAAGUGAGAUGAAUUAGCAGUUUCAAAACAAAACUAACUGUGGUCUGAGACAGAUUAAAAAUAAAUUGGAGUUGAGGUGCAUCAGUUUUUGCCCACCAGAAAUACAAGGAGCCAUCUUUGAUGGCAUUAUUCUGGCACCAGAGAUACGUCUUUGGUUUUCUGGAACAUGAGGAAUAUCAAAUAUGAAUUAAGUCUGUUUAAGUGUUACCAUUAUACAACACUAACCACACCAAAUACUAUGAACAUUCAAUCAUACAUAACCUAAACCAUUAUUACUGUAAAAAUAUUAAACUGUAACCAAAACAUGUUGUAGCUGUGAUCAGGUACCAGUAGUUAAAAUGUAAGACUGGUAAGUUGUAGAACAUUAAUCAAGAGUGUUCUACAGGACAGUUUAACUAAUAUCAUCUAACCACCAUUAAUGUAGUUUGCCCCAUUUAAGAUCCAGUAUCAUUGUGAACUAGGCAGCUAGUUGGCUCAUUUUGUUCAAAUGCAUCUUCCCUUCAGUAAGAGUUGUCUAACUUGACCCUUUUAGUGCUUCUUGAAGACUAACUGUAAGUGUACACUUGCAAAUGUAUUUUCCUUCUAUAUCUUUUAUUUGAUGUUGUCAUCUGCGAUAUGUAAAUUCUUUUGUUAGUGCGUCACGUUCUUGAUUCUUAUCUCAUAGCUUGCUUUGUAUUCUUUAAUGAAAAUUCUUGUAUUUUUUCUAUUAUCUUUUUCAAUACUGAUAAUGGUUGAAACGUAGUAAUUCUGACACUUUAAUAUCCAGGAUCCACUCAUUCAUUACGUGUGAAGGAACAUCAUGCUAACUUAAACACCAUUUGUAUCCAGGUUUUAUAAAAAGUUUUACAAAUUGUAGUCUUUCUUUGUGUCAUCACAAAUAAACAUGAUUUCUGGCUGGUAAUAUGUAUAAAUAGCAAGUAAAAACAAUAAUUAUGUCUAAUUGGAUAAAUUACAUAAAGCCUUAUUGUUUAUGACAUGGUAAUACAGUAGGUCUAAGCUGUAUGUUGCAGUUGUUCAUUUCAAGGGAAAACUGGACGUUAUUAAUAGUUUGUGUAAUGUGUAACAUGUAAAUAAUGCAUAGAAGUGUAACAAAAACAGAGUAAAUAUUAUUGAUGUCUUUCCAUAUUUUCUUGUUGAUUUACUUCUCUUUGUGAUUGUAUGUUUGCCAGUGACUUCUGUUGUUAUCGAGCACCAAGACUAAAUGUAUGUCUUGCAUUUAAAUAAUAUUUACCCAUAAUUGGUAUAUUAUUCUAAUUUGAAAUCAUUGUUAUUGGUAUAUUUUGUUAAAACCACACCUAACUGGUGAUCUUUCAAAGCAUUUUUCUUUGUUAACUGCAGUCAACCACCUUGAUUGUGGAAUGAUAAUGAAUUUGCGUUAUUCACUAUGGAUGUUUAUGUUAGAUACACGCUACACCAGGAAUUGGUUAUUUUGGACUGGCUGACUGACGUUAUCCACUAUGGAUGUUUAUGUUAAAUACACGAUACACCAGGAAUUGGUUAUUUUGGACUGGCUGACUGACGUUAUCUCCUAUGGAUGUUUAUGUUAGAUACAUGCUACACCAGGAAUUGGUUAUUUUGGACUGGCUGACUGACAUUAUCCACUAUGGAUGUUUAUGUUAGAUACACGCUACACCAGGAAUUAGUUAUUUUGGACUGGGUGACUGGCGUUAUCCACUAUGGAUGUUUAUGUUAGAUACACGCUACACCAGGAAUUGGUUAUUUCGGACUGGGUGACAGACAAUCAGAUGUGUACCCCUGUACCUGUCUAUUUAUGUUGUUUUGUGGUUGCUUUUUAUUUUUUUAAAUACCACUUUGUUAUUCCAAUUGUUUGUUAAUACUGCUGUCGUGUCAUGCGUGUUGCAAAUAUUUACAGUAAAACUCUGCACUAAAAUAUUUUGGUAUGAAAGGCCUGUACACUGUACACAAUCUGAAAGUUUGUUCUGUGAGACAGUUCUGUGAGAUAGUUCUGUGAGAUAGUCCUGUGAGAUCCAGUCCUAACUAAGUAUUCCCUCAGAUCCAUGUUCCUCAGGAUCUCUGUUGUCUCAGCUACCGGUGUGUAUUCCCUCAGCUAUAUGUUCCCUCAACUCUAUGUUCCCCUAGUUCCAGGUUCCCUCAGCUCUGUGUAUGAUCUCUGUACAUAAGAAUAGAGCGCCAAGGAACAAAAGCUGAAACUGGUUUCGAGAAGUUACCAGAUUCUCAUGACUAUUUCAAAAGCAUUAGCUUUAAAAAAAAAAGGCAUAAGAUCUUGUAAAGUUGUGGAGAUUCAUUCAACUGGUGCCUUCAUCAGUAUAAUCAAAAUAAUAUUUCUAGUAAUUUAUCAAAUUCAAUUGACUUUUUACACAGAUUCACAUUUUGUUUUUGUUUUUGUUUUUAUUUGUAAUUUUGUUUUUAAUGGACCACAUUAAAAGUGUACCAAGUAACUCACUGGUAAAAUGAUGCCUUGGUUUUUAGCAAGCUAUAUUUUCAUUAAAUCGACAAGUCUUAAAAAGAAACAAGGUGUUUUUUUAGUUGUCUUCAUUGAACGUAUGUGUGUGUUAUUAAAACUCAGUAUGUUACAUCUGGCCAAUAACGGCGAGGUGAAUUGUCCACAUUAUAUGUGGCAACAUGUCUGUGUGCCAUUGUAAACUUUUAGAGAUGCAGACCAUGACAUUGAUUGGUUGUAUCUUUCUUGACAAAGAUAGAAAUGUAUACUGGGAGAGGUGGUGUGAUAAAAUGUGAUAUAUAUUCAUGUACUUACAUGCUCAUUGCAAUACUUUGUUCAGUGGCUAAAAUGUAUUUAAAAUAGAUGUACUGUAUACAGGAAUAUUACCCACUGAUUUAAAAAAUAUAUUUUAGCUUACAUCAUUUGCACAGUUGAAUAUUUUAUUGCUUAUGUAUAUAUUGUGUGCAUAAAUGUUGUAUUGUAUUUGUAAAUACAUGUAUGUAAGAAUGUGUUCUAAGUCAACAUAUAACAGUGUUGUAGCAAGUGUCAUACAAAAGUUGUCCAUGUAAUAUUCACACAUUUUUUAGGUUCCGUUUUCUCUACACCCAUAAUGAACUGACCUGCUCCAAAGUGGCAGAACGAUCACUCAAUUUUUAUUUACAACUUAUUAUUAAAUUGUAGUGAUUGUUUGGAUAUGUGCAGUAAACACAGUAUUACUGGCCUACUCCAACAUGGAAAUAUAAACUAAAUUGGUAAUUUACACCUUUAUUAUUAUUUAAUUAUAGAUUGACAAAUUAAAUAUUGUUAGGUCUGUUAGUUGAUAUUUGUAUUAUCACUCUUGCAUUAGUAGUAACAGGAUUAGGUCAGUCGGUUGAGUGUACGCUCGAGGUGCAUGCUUCGCAGGAUCACCUCGGUGGAUCCAUACUGCUGACUGGGUAUUUUUUUGUUACAACCAGUGCACCACAAAUGGACAAAGACCGUGGUAUGUGGGAAAGUGCAUAUAAAAGAUCCCUUGCUGUGUUAGGA